AUGUGUUAUUUCUGUGACUCCUCUCAGAACCUGGAGUCCAGACUGAAGGUCUUACUGCCGGACGAUGUCGGAGCUGCUCUAAUGGAUGGCGUUGUCCUGUGCCAUCUGGCCAAUCACAUUCGUCCUCGGUCGGUGGCCAGCAUCCAUGUACCCUCCCCAGCAGUGGUAAGUACCAGUUGAAAACCUGUUGUUUGAAAUCCCCAAAGCCGAAGCAAACCACCUGCCAAGAAGAAAAAAAAGCAAAUAAUAUUUAGAACAAAUAAGUAUCAUAUUUCUCUGCUUUUUUAUUUAUUCCAUGUAACUAUUGACCAACUCUGUUCCACAGCCAAAGCUUAGCAUGGCCAAGUGCCGCAGGAAUGUGGAGAACUUCCUGGAUGCCUGUAAGAAGCUGGGUGUGCCACAGGUAAACGCACAUCACCAAAUCACUACUGUCUAUCAUUGCCAUCAGUCCUCUCAGUCACCAGCAAGAGAUCUGAUACGCCUCCCUUAUCAGGAGAACAUCUGUUUGAGUCCUGAACCUAAUGUGGAAACCUCAAGAGGAUAGGUUGAACUUGAUUUUUGGUUUAUACAACUGCCUUGUUGUUGUCUUGCCAACAAUGUAUUUUAACAAAGAAAUAGACUGGCACCCAAACGUCAAUUCACUUGUACUGACCUGAAAGUGUUUUGAAAGGACCGGUGAUGACUGUCUGCUGUGUUUCUGCCCUGGCAGGACAAGCUGUGUUUGCCCCACCAUAUCCUAGAGGAGCGUGGGCUGGUGAAGGUGGGUAUGACCGUUCAGGCUCUACUGGAGCUGCCGGCCUCCAAGCCCACUCAGCUGUCUGCUGUCUAA